CGCUCGAUUCCACGUGUUUGCACUAUCAUUAGCCCUUCUCUGUAGAGUAUCGACAUGAGUCAAAUUAUCAUCUUGUUGGGUCUCGUGUCGUUUAGCGGCAUAGCGUUCGCUGGCUUUGAAGAGGAUCAUGGUGGUUCGACGUACGAAGAGAAAACAAAGCCCGUGGAGAUACCGAUAAUCAAGAAAUACGCGAUACCUAUUCCGCAUCCCGUGCCCGUCGAAGUGCCAAAGGAGAUUAGAAUACCAGUGCCUCAACCUUAUAAAGUACCAAUUGAAAUUCCUCAUCCGUAUCCGGUCGAAGUAGUGAAACACGUCGAGAUUCCCAUUGAGAAGCCUGAGCCUGUCAUUGUAGAGAAGCAAGUGCCUUACAUCGUCGAGAAGCCAUACCCUGUCUACGUAGAGAAGAAAUUCCCCGUGCCAGUGGCAAAACCCUAUCCUGUUCACGUUCCGAUAUACAAACACGUGGUUCACUAUACAUCCAAGGGUAAAGGAUGGCAUUGAAAUUUUUCAAUCAUUAGAUCAAAAUCGUUUGCGCGCCGACAAGUCUAGCCUGGAUAACUCGAUUUUGGCCGGAACGAUCAUACAUUAACAGAAAUUUCUUGCGAAGCUACUACUAGAAGAAUCCGCUUCCGCAAAAUCAUUUAAAUAAUUAUAUAAUCGCCUCUCAAAGAUUUAUCGUUGACCGAGAAAUGUUGUAAUAGCGUGUGCUGGAGAGCUUGACUUCAGGCUCGUCAAUCUAUCAAUCUGUCGCCAUGUAGAUAAUUUGUUAUCCGUUUUCUUCACCGUUGUUAAGUUUUGAUAGGUUCCCUGUGAAAUAUCUACUCGUUUUUAAGCGUUUGUUAAUAAACGAUUUUCAUUAAAAGUGUCGUAUCGCUCGCCGAUUGAGACGUCAGUUGAGUUGGAGGGAACGCGUCACAAUAAGUCGUGAUACGUAAACAUAAUGGCACUAUAUCGGACGUGCCACUAUGCAUGACGUAUCACAUUAUUCGUACUCAGCUAUCCGUGUAAAAAACGUUGGAGAAGCGGAAGCUCCGGAGUCUGAGCGACGUAAUGAUCGCAAAUAACACGAAACUUUCGUAUCGCUCUCGUAUAGAUUCCGCGUGACUUCUUCCUGCACCUGCACAAAGAGCCGGUACAGAGAAAGAAAAAAUAUGCGCGUGUGUGUGUAAUCUGCUAUUUCGUUUCUUCGUCGAGGACACGAUUACGAUCGGCUAGAAGAAAGAAACCGGCCGCUGAUCCGGAGGAGUUGUGCGCGAUCUCGAUUCGCCAUAAUGAGCGCGGUGCGCGCGUUCUUGUUCUUACACCAACGUGUGAAACCACUUUUACUUGGGAUGUACUUUCACUGUUCCGCUCGGCGAUACGGAUAGCAUCGUGCGCGAUUUAAAUCUUCAGAUCAGUCUCACUCCCUCUCGCUGCCGCCGUUGCCGUCGUGCAACCACACCCUCGAUGCCUUUCAUAAAUCGAUAUCGCAGCGGGCAUAUCCGCGGCGAUCCGCGCUGGAAAUCCGCGGAUGCUUUUCCCGAUCGUCGACGAGUCGCGAUGCUUACGAAAUAUUUUUUGCAUGCGGUGCAGACAGCAUUCUUUGUCCCUAGAGAUUGGUGGCAAAUACCGAACAUCCGCUUGCUUAUCGUCCGUGAAAACUACCUUGUUAUUCCGCGUCGCUCGCGGCGAAGCGCGAAACGCUCCGAAAAGAAAUCCGCGUUGUCGUUUCAUUGUUAUUUAUGUGAACGCGAGCAAAAAAGCAGCUCGUUAUAUGUAAAAUGAUGUUAAUUUAUUAAUGUUGCGCUCUUCUCGUCGUUAUCGAUAUAGCGGUAGACCUGUAUGACGUUUCCUCAGCCGCAUGAGUGUUGGAAUUUCGGUGAAUAGCAAUCAUGCAACGUUUAUUCACAGAUUGUUGAACAAGCAAACUAGACCAUGACAUUACCACACUUAUUCUGAUCUUUUAUCUUUGUCUUUCGUCGAUACACGCAACUCGCCAUGAUCGUGAAAGAACGGACGAUGUCGGAAAAACGAUUGCAUGCGCCAGCGCCGGAGACUCUCUCUCCUGAAACCUGAGAACCGUCUUAUUGCCUGCUUCAUGAGAGGAAGAAUAAUCUUCGUAUGAUACAUGUAUAUACAUGUGUAUAUAUAUAUAUAUAUAUAUAUUUAUAUACAGGUGGUGAUCAAUGAGAAGAGUAAGUCACUGUGGUAUCGUAAAAAUUUUAGCGAUGACUGAUACGUCUAAAUCGUUGUAAAAAUUUAGGACUGUUUCAUUAAACAGUGUGUAAUUCAAAAUUACGUUACAU